GCGGGAUACUCUUACCUGCUGACCGUGCUGGCGGUUAGGUGCAUGUACAAUGUAAACGAAGUAGUGUUUUUUUCUUUUGACUGACUGAAGCCUUUGAAAGAAUUUGCCAAAUCCCAGGUCAUGACUGAUUUACAGUGUUCUCCCAGCUCGCCCCGGGUGGCAGCUGACCAGACUCUUCGGAGCUCCAGCCGACUGAGAGAGAAGUCCCAGCGGAGGUUCACCCUGCCCACUCGCAGAGAAGCCCUGGACAGUGUGGUCCCCGACGAGACACCCUUCAAGAAUUACAGAGACUACAAGCCACGAAAACUGAUCAAUAACUUUAUCAAAGAGAGAAAUACCUACAACAAUCCAGACAGAAUUGACCAGUUUGACGAGUUUUCUGAUGAAGAAUUCAUCAAUGACAACACUUCCAGCAGUGACGACUCAACCCAAGAGGGCAGUCCAUGGUCAGAGUCUCCAUCUCACAGCAGCAGUGAUGACGAUGAUGAUGAGCCCGUCCAGGCGACUGCCAGAAAUCCUCGUAAGGCAAAGAGCAAACGGAAAACCUCCUCAGGGAGAAAUGGAAGCGACAGUGAGGAGUUGGCCAGCCCCUUGAAGAUGCGCAAGCCAAGACCACUUGCAGAACUGUUGUCCGGAUCAGAUGAUCCGGACAACAGCAGUGGGGAUGAUCUGCCAUUGACUGCUCCGAGAAAGAAAUGGCGUGGAAGAGCCUCAAUUCAGUGUGAAGAGUCUUCUGACGAUGACAAGGACCAGCCUGGAGCAUUUACCCUAGAUCUCUCUGGAAGUGUGUCUGUCAAAGUCGAGUCUGGUGACAAUGAACGAAAUGGCACAGAAGUUGAGACUAGUGCCAUCAAAGCAGAACUCCAGGAUGAACACAAAGGAGGGAACUUAGCAAUCAAAGCUGACCCUGAAGACAGAGAAUACGAUAUAGAAGGUGAAAAUGUUGCCUUCAAAGUGGAACCUUUGGAUGAAGCGAACAAGUUCAGAGGCGAUGCGAAUACCGCUGAUGAAUCACAUGAGUCCAGUGACGGGACAGAGAGUGAGGAUGAUUCAUUCAUUGCUACCAGUAGUUCCAGCGACGAUGGGGCACUCGAUCCAGAAGGGAACAUUUCACCGUUGGAAAACUUUCAGGCAGACCAACCGUCCCAUGAAGAGCUGAUCUGCAAUUAUCGGCAGCGGAGGCUGAGACCUAAAAAGGCUUUGGCAGUCAAAAAGAAGCGAAGCUUUCGCAAGUCUCUUGAUAGCGACAGUAGCAGCUGUCAGUCGGAUGGCAGCACCAGUUGGGACAAGGAUAAGUCAGGCGAACACUCGAAGGAUUGCGCAAUGCGCCCACUGUCAAAACGGGCAGAGCAUUUGCAAAGGAAGAAAGCUGUGUGGAAAACGGAGGUUCUUGGGAGUUACAAAAACGAGAGAGAGAAAAAAUUAUCAAAAACAAAGAAAUGACUGUUUUCAGUGGUGUAAGAGGCUUUGUUGCUGGAAUAUCUCAAAAGUAGACUGCUUUUGCUGUACAUGAAUGACCUUUGUCAAUAAAACCUUCCAUUGUAAACAUGUUUGCAAUGUGUGCUUGCAGACACAUGAAUUAUGUAAAAUGUAAUGUAGACAUUGAAUAUCCGUAUUCACAUAAAUGUGCUUUGGAAAAGGCAAAGAAAGUACGUGUUCAUUGUACCCUGAAUUAUGCAAGUGCUUGGCUCAACGCGUCAGGUCACAUCAUUUUAAAAACGUAUAGAUACCUCAAGUGUAGAGGGGUGAGUCUCCACUGUGCAUGUUUUCACAUGCAUCAAUUUCUGUUAAAGAAAAUUGUGACUUUGAUGAUGGUCCGUUGUGAGAACGGACAUGUGUUACACUGUUGAAUGUUUUUGAAUUCACAUGUACCGUACAAUUUUAAUGGAAAUGAAUUACAGACCCACCAUGUCAUCAAAAUGAAAAGAGCAAGGAGGUCUUCUGAUGACAACCAGAUCUGUGUUAAAAGUCCAAUAUAUGGAAUUUUACAGUGUCUGCCAACAAUUGGCUGUACUUUUCAACUCGUGAGAUUCAUGGGUACAUGUACGCACUUGUAUUAUUUUUUUGUUGUUUAAACAAAGACUCCUUGUACAUAUACGUCCCGAUUGUAUAAGAAACGACAAUUAUUGUGUACACACUACACAGUGCUGUAGAGUCACUCACAAGGCCAGUCACAAGUCUUGUCUCACUUGAGACCAGUUGAGAUGCUGUGAACAACAAAGGAAUGCUUUUAUCACAUUUCACUUGAGUAGGCUGUGACUGGGUGACUUGUGAUGGGCUUGGGACAGACUCAACAAUACGGCCGUUUCACAACAGUGCGCCACCAAGAGUUUGCAAUG